AUGGGAGAAGGUAGAGAAGGUGAUUGGGAGUGUAGCAGUUGCAACAACCGAAACUACGCUUUCCGAUCAUUCUGCAAUCGAUGCAAACAACCACGUCUUCUUGUUGAUAACAAAACCCCUGCUGAUUCCAAAUGGCUCCCUCGUAUCGGCGAUUGGAUCUGCUCCGGUUGCACUAACAACAAUUAUGCAUCAAGAGAGAAGUGCAAGAAGUGCGGACAACCAAAGGAGGUAGCGGCCAUGCCAGCAAUUGCAAUGACUAGAGCAUCCUUCCCUACAUAUCCACCCUACUUUUCUAGGGCUCCGGGAGGACUGGAACACAACAUGAAUAUUGGAUUGAUUGGAAACGGUGGGCCACCACAGUCGCUGAAUUUGAAUACUAAUUGGCCUGUUGCUGGAGCAGAAAAGUUUGGUCUCCAGCCCAUUCCACUAUGGCUUCCAGGUACAAGUUAUAGUUCUGGGCAUCCUUAUGUAAAUUCUAAUAGUAAGAACCCAUCUGUUCUAAAAGAAUGGCGCAAUGGGGACUGGGUCUGUAACUGUGGCUUCCAUAAUUACUCCUCUCGCUCACAGUGUAAAAAAUGCAAUGCUUCUCCACCAGCGCCUGGCACAAAACGGUUAGCCUCUGAAGAAUUGGUUUAUGACUGGGAUAACAAGAGAUUGAAUGUAGGACCUACAAAUGACCAGCAGAGAACAUAUUCAAGUGUAGAGCAAGUAGUAGGGACCAGUGCAGAACCAAAAUUGGCACUUGCUCCUGCGUACGCGAGCAUUAACUCUAGUUCGGCACCAAGCUUUCCAAUGCCCCCGCUCUUUCCAAUUCCACCUCAAUUUUCCUCUACUGCACUCCUUGGAAAAGGAGCUAAGCAAUGGCGAAGUGGUGAUUGGAUGUGCACAAAUUGCAACAAUCAUAAUUAUGCUUCCAGACUAGAAUGUAACAGGUGUAAAACACUCAGAGCGGCGCCCAUGCAACCUGUCAAUGUUGUGUAA